UCUCACACGCAUUCUUGAAUCACUUAAAUGGCCGCACCAUCCAUGCCUCGCGUUAAGCUUGGAUCCCAAGGCUUUGAGGUUUCAAAGCUGGGUUUUGGCUGCAUGGGACUAAGUGGCAGCUACAAUGAACCUCUUCCUGAUGCCGUUGGAAUCUCUGUUAUCAAGCAUGCAUUCGCUCAAGGAAUCACAUUCUUUGAUACUGCCGAUGUUUAUGGAGCCAAUGCUAAUGAAAUUCUCGUUGGCAAGGCCCUGAAGGAGCUGCCUAGAGAAAAGAUACAACUAGCAACCAAGUUUGGCAUUGAAGAAGCAAAUUUCUCUAAUUUCCAAUUCCGGGUCAAUGGCACGCCUGAAUAUGUGCGUUCAUGCUGCGAAGCCAGCUUGAAACGCCUUGGUGUUGAGUACAUUGAUCUUUAUUAUCAACAUAGGGUGGACACAUCAGUUCCUAUAGAAGAUACGGUAGGUGAACUGAAGAAGUUAGUGGAAGAAGGAAAAGUCACGUAUAUUGGGUUAUCAGAAGCGAGUCCAGAUACAAUUAGGAGGGCGCAUGCUGUUCAUCCCAUCACAGCUCUGCAAAUAGAGUGGUCCCUUUGGACUCGUGACAGUGAAGAGGAGAUAAUUCCGCUCUGUAGAGAGCUUGGAAUUGGAAUCGUGCCAUAUAGCCCCAUUGGCCGUGGCUUCUUUGGUGGCCGAGGAGUUUUGGAGACUCUGCCUCCGGCUAGCAGCCUGAACUCACAUCCGCGCUUCAAGGCAGAGAACUUGGAGAAGAACAAGAAGAUAUAUGAAGGAAUGGAAGGCUUAGCUAAGAAGCACCAAUGCACUCCUGCUCAGUUGGCUUUGGCAUGGGUACUCCAUCAAGGCAGUGAUGUUGUGCCUAUCCCUGGGACAACAAAGAUUAAGAACCUAGAUCAAAAUGUGGGUGCCUUAGCAGUGAAACUUUCAGAUGAGGACCUCAGAGAAAUUUCGGAGAUGGUUCCUAUUGAUGAAGUGGCAGGUGAUCGUUACUUUGAUAAGCUGGACAAACUGGGCUGGAGGGUCGCCAACACACCUCCCAAGAAUUCUGGGGUCUCAACUUGAACCCCUUGGAAAUUCUACAAUUUGUGUCCUGAAUGCAACCAUGUCUUUAAAUAUGAACAAGUCAUACCAAAAUCUUAUGCAAAACUUGCAUGUAUGGGAAUGAUUAAGAUGAAUAGUAGCCUUUUUGGCCAAAACAAAGAAGGAAAAAUAAUGGCCUCGUGCUUUGUAACAUGCCCUAAAGCAUAUCAAUCAAUCAAUUGUAAUAUGAAUAAAAAUUGGUUCUGGCU